AUGGCGGAAGAAGAAGCAAGCGUUGAUGUCAAGACACCGAAGACCAAGGACAUACGGAAUUAUCUCUGCCAGUAUUGCGGAAUCAGCAGAUCGAAAAAGUAUCUCAUCACUUCACACAUCGAUAAAAAUCAUAAGAUGGAAGUUGAAGAGGAAAGAGAUGAUGAAGCUUGUGAGGAUGAAGAAGAAGCUACUGGUAAACAUACUUGCCCGAAAUGUGGUGAUGAGUUUAAGAAACCUGCUCACUUGAAGCAGCAUAUGCAGAGUCAUUCGCUCGAGGAAAUAAAUGGCCUUUUGGUUAAACCCAAAGGUCUUACUUAUAUUAUUGCGUGAGGCAUUGGAUCCCAACGAGUGAACUCCAAAAUGCGAGGCUACAUGUUAUGGACUAGUAUCAGGUUGGGAGACCUCCUGAGAAGCUCCAGCAAGUACGCCUCGAUCACGCAAAAGAGACCUUUUGCGUGCUAUGUCGAUGAUUGUGUUGCUAACUAUAGGAGAAAGGAUCAUCUCAAUAGGCAUCUUCUUACCCAUAAAGGAGAGCGCUUUAAGUGUCCAAUAGAGAAUUGCAAGUCUGAGUUCUCAGUACAUGGCAAUGUCAGUAGGCAUGUUAAGAAGUUUCAUAGUGAUGGAGAUAGCGCGAAGGAUGAUGCUAGUAAUGGCAGUAGUGGCAAUGAUGAGACUGGUAAUGCUAAGGAUGAUGCUAGUAAUGGCAAUAGUGGUAAGGAUGAGACUGGCAAUGGCGAUUCUCAGCCCUCGGAAUGUUCAGCUGGUCAGAAGCAGCAUGUCUGCAAAGAAACUGGUUGUGGAAAGGCCUUUAAGUAUGCUUCACAGCUGCAAAAGCACCAGGAUUCUCAUGUGAAAUUGAACUCUGUGGAGGCAUUUUGCUCUGAACCUGGGUGUAUGAAGUACUUUACAAACGAGGAAUGUCUUAAGGCACACAUAAGAUCCAGCCAUCAGCACAUCAACUGUGAGAUAUGCGGUUCUAAGCAUUUGAAAAAGAACAUCAAGAGACACCUACGGACUCAUGAUGAAGAUUCCUCACCAGGGGAAUUCAAGUGUGAAGUUGAGGGUUGCUCUUCGACAUUCUCAAAGGCUUCUAAUCUUCGGAAACACGUGAAAGCGGUGCAUGAGGAUAUCCGUCCCUUUGUAUGUUGCUUUCCUGGUUGUGGCAUGAGAUUUGCGUAUAAACAUGUCAGAGACAACCACGAGAAGUCCGGGUGCCACAUAUAUACCUGCGGCGAUUUUGUUGAGGCUGAUGAAGAUUUCACAUCAAGACCAAGAGGUGGACUAAAGAGGAAGCAAGUUACAGCGGAAAUGCUGAUACGGAAGAGGGUCAUGCCUCCUCAGUUUGAAUCAGAAGAACAGGAGACUUGCUAGUUAUUAUUAUUAGUCCCAGGACAAGUUAAUACCCAAGUACCAAGCACUAAGCAGAUGUUUUGUUAUGUAUAAAGUAAGUUUGUUUGUUUGUUGUGUGGGUCGAAGAAAAUUGAGUGCGGUAAUAGUAAUAGUAAAUGUAACAAAACUUGCUAAUUAUUAUUACUUGUUUCUUUCACAGG